CUGGACUGCAGGGCAGGGAGCGGAGAUCGGGGUGCUGCAGGGCAGGUUCUGAGAUCGGGGUGCUGCUGGGGCCACAGAGCUGGACUGCAGGGAAGGGAGCGGAGAUCGGGGUGCUGCAGGGCAGGUUCUGCGAUCGGGGUGCUGCUGGGGCCACAGAGCUGGACUGCAGGGCAGGGAGCGGGGAUCGGGGUGCUGCAGGGCAGGUUCUGAGAUCGGGGUGCUGCGGGGCAGGUUCUGAGAUCGGAGUGCUGCUGGGGCCACAGAGCUGGACUGCAGGGCAGGUUCUGAGAUCGGGGUGCUGGAGGGCAGGCUGCUGAGAUCGGGGUGCUGCAGGGCAGGGUGCUGAGAUCGGGGUGCUGCAGGGCAGAGUGCUGAGAUCGUGGUGCUGCAGGGCAGGGAGCUGAGAUCGGGGUGCUGCAGGGCAGAGUGCCGAGAUUGGGGUGCUGCCGGCCAGGGAGCUGAGAUCGGGGUGCUGCAGGGCAGGGAGCCGAAAUCGGGGUGCUGCAGGGCAGGGAGCUGAGAUCGGGGUGCUGGAGGGCACGGUGCUGAGUUUGGGGUGCUGCUUUAUGGCUGCAGAGCAGUGAUCCUGUGAACAGGACGGGGUCCCGCAGUCUCCCCGGUAUCACCAUGCUGCUGAAGGAGUACAGGAUCUGCAUGCCACUCACUGUGGAGGAGUACAGAAUCGGACAGCUCUAUAUGAUCAGCAAGCACAGUCACGAGCAGAGCGACCGCGGAGAAGGCGUGGAGGUCGUACAGAACGAACCCUACGAGGACCCAGUACAUGGUCCAGGGCAGCUUACUGAGAAGAGAGUCUACCUGAACAGUAAACUUCCGAGCUGGGCGCGAGCAGUUGUUCCAAAAAUCUUUUACGUCACAGAAAAGGCAUGGAACUACUACCCAUAUACAAUCACAGAAUACACAUGUUCAUUCCUUCCAAAAUUCUCCAUACACAUAGAGACUAAAUAUGAGGACAACCAGGGGUGCAAUGACAACAUAUUUCAGAAUGAGCUGAAGGAACUGGAGCGCGAGGUUUGCUUCAUUGAUAUCGCGUGUGAUGAGGUUCCGGAAAGAUAUUAUAAGGAAUCGGAGGACCCCAGAACCUUUAGAUCAAAGAAGACGGGCCGGGGGCUUCUCAGGGACGGCUGGAGAGAGUCACAUCAGCCUAUCAUGUGUUCUUAUAAGUUGGUCGCUGUGAAGUUUGAGGUCUGGGGACUGCAGACACGGGUGGAGCAGUUUGUGCACAAGGUGGUGAGGGAUAUCUUGCUUAUUGGACACCGGCAAGCCUUCGCGUGGGUCGACGAGUGGUAUGACAUGACAAUGGAUGAAGUGCGAGAGUAUGAACGGACUACUCAGGAAGCUACCAACAAAAAAAUUGGGAUCUUCCCACCAGCCAUAUCAAUCACUGACAUUGCGCUGCCUUCCUGUUCCCGCAGCGGACCCUCCAGCGCACCUUCCACUCCUCUGACCACUGAGGCUCCAGAGUUUCUGACCAUCCCCAAAGACCGUCCCCGGAAGAAGUCCGCCCCAGAAACUUUAACGCUGCCGGACCCCGCCCUAAGUGCACAAAGCAUGUUUACCAGUAAUCAGUCCACUCAUCCCAAGUAACUGGUCAGAGCCCGAUUACACAUCCUGCAGCUAUGAGGGGGGUGUAAAACCCUUGAAGACAAGGAUGUAGUCAUAGAGGAACCCUGACGCCUUUCACAGCCAUGUACUCAAACCUCUGGUCUUAUUGGUUCUUACCCACUGCUCCCCUCUUCGUAUACCCUCUUGCUUGUUAUCCGACAGACUGUGACUUUUCACUCCGAACAUUUGCAUAAUGUAUUCUUCUAGAAACUAAAAGUUUUAGGUUUUUAAAGAUUUGAGGCUACAAUCACUGCUGCUUUUAACUGUAGAUAUGAGAAUUCGAGACAUAAGAAAGGGAAUACAUAAGCUCAAACGCGUUUUGCUCCACCCUAACUUUUGAUUCUCCAUGGGUCAAAUGCAAAGCUGUGUUCACCUUAAAGAGCAGAGGAAUCAUUUGCAUGUAUUUGAUCUGUAUAAGUGACUAUGAUGGGUAUAUAGCUUUGUGGAAUCCUGCCAUGACGCAGUGCUGCAUAACCAAGGACGUUCACAUUAUAGAGGCAGCCCUAGUGUCAGCUAUUGGGCUCUACACCAAACAUGGAGGAUAUGAAAGUAUUGCAACUCCUCUGCCCUACAGUGGAUAGGAAGGGGAGGUAAGAAACUUGUUUGUCCUACUGUCCUGGGAUAGAGGAGAGAUGUAGUGGUGAUACCCACCCUGUCCACUAUGUAGGCCCUUGCUUAUAACAUUGUAUUUCACAUUGCUUUGGCUACACACCCAGUAACACCUUGCAACUUUUGCACAACACCACUUUCUGGUUUUCAAUAGUUAGUGGAAGUGUUGCACGCACAAUGACAGUUUCCAUUGAAUAGUACGAUUAUUUACACAUUUUAGGGAAAUUUAAGGACAGCAAUGUCAUUUGGGUGGUUUCUGCCAAGCACGGUGGGAGUUGUAGUUUAGGUAUAGCCAUAAAAUAUGAAGACGGACGAGUAGUAACAUUUAAUAUUUUUGAUUGCCCGGAUGUCAAUGUCUUUUUAUUCCUGGAAAUAGAACAGUGACUUGCUGCUCCUCAGGGGCGCAGCUUAGAUGCCCUAGCGUGAAGCUUUCUUCUGCUUGGGUGCAUGUUAGACAUUAUAAUUGUAUUCUAGAUUAACGAGUAAGCACAUUCUCCAUACAGAUGUAGCAUGACAACACUGUGCUGGGCUAGGGACAGCAAGACAACAGAAGAUCAUAUUAGAGUCAUUUGUACAUAUUCCUCGAAGGAUAAGAUGAUCAGGUUCUUACUCAGUUGGUGUUUUUUUUUUUUCCAGCACAAAUCUUAGUCCCAUUGUUAUUAUUUUUUUUUAAUAAGGGUGCGGAAGGAACAGGUUGUAAAUAUACUUCUUACAAGUCUAGAAGGCAGGUACAACAAUAGAGGUUAUUAUGUCAGGCAGCUGGUCACAAAUGUUUCUUUUUUUUGUAUUUUAUUUCAGUAUUAGAUUUUUUUUAUUUUUUAUAAUGUCAUUGUGUUUCUUCCGUUCUCUUGUGCAUCGUAUUUACAUGUGUUGUGCGAGGUUGGGUGAUAAUACCGCCAUCCUCUAAAUACUUUGGUUAUUUUGUGACCUAGACAUGAUUUUAGUUUAAAUAGAAUUUGAACUGAUGAUAGGUUUUGGCCAGUGAUAUGAUAUAUCGAAAGAAAGGAGGAAAACUCAUUCACCACAUUCACCUGAUUAAGCCCUAAAAUCUAAAAAUUUUUGUUAAUUUUCUAUUUUUUUAAAUUAUAACCCUAUCGACCAGAAUAUCAAUCAGAUGCCACAAUUCCAUGAUUUUAGGGCACGGCUAUAUUUGUUGCUGCCAUAGACCGAUCCAAUACAAGUGCAUUUUGGCAGAUGUAAAGACAAAUUACACUCCUAAUUGAUUUUUCUUGUAUGUGCUGUACUUUAGUUUUUCUGGAUGAUAUAACUACCUGUAUUUUGCUACAUUAAGGCACUUGGUUCCCUUUUCGAUAGGUGUCCCGUAGACUGGAAGAACGUGAGAUUUUUUUAACAUAUUGUACAGUUUAGGCUCUUCCUAAUUUUUUGUAAUAAUUGUAAAUCAAAUUCUCAAUCCUGAUGACUUAAGUUCACUUUAAUAUGGAUGAACCUUGAAUUGCCUUCUACUGGGGAGAAUGGUAUCCAGGAUCUUCAGGUUGUCUACUGCCUCCACCUAAGGGCUCUGGACACUGAGGCUUCUUUGAUGCAGAAAUGGUAUAGGUCACCACUGACGUUAUUGAUAUGCGAGUCUGGCAUUUGCAUUAAUUUGUGCAAUGGUGUCAGAAAGGUAGUAAAUAACAGGCGAGGUUGGAUGAGAGGCUUCUGUCUGUCCCUAAAGCAACUGAUAUACACUCUAGUAGGUUAUGAUCUUCUACCCUACACACAGUCUUAUUCUUUAAUGAUCACCGGUCUGGGAGGAUCUGGUCAUACAUGGCCAGGGUGUUGGGUAAGGAUUUAGUACUACUAGACAGAAGAAGCAGCUGGGCACUGCAGGCAAGGAAGCUUAGUGGAUAUAGCCAACACUGGUGUAUAUAUGGCGGUGGGAUGAAACAUGAAGCAGGGUACAGCGGGGUGCUCACAUAUAGCAAUUGCAGUAAUCUUCAAAUGUGCAGAAAAAAAAAAGAGAAAAA